AUGAAGCCUCUACAGGUCUCUGUGUGCUGCUUGCUCUCCCUGCUCGUCCUGGUCGCUGCAGGUAAGAUUACAUCAAUUAAGAUUAAAAGAAGAAAACAAAUUAGUCCAUUAAGUUUUUAUUACUGUAGAUGGGCAUGUUCCUUUGCUCAGAAAGAGGUCGAGGGGGACAUACGAAUGUCAGACUUUUUGAAUGAAUGGAAAUGCCAAUGGCUGCAGUGCAGACCCUAUACGAGGGUUUGUGAUAUUAACUGAAUAUGAAUGCCACUUGCAUCCUGAGUCUUACUUGAGAUUGAGAGAGAGAGUAGUAGACUGUUGGCAAGAGUGUGUGAAAGGCUGAUCAUGAGAACAUGGUCAUGGGGAUGUAGAAAUACAACUUUAUUUCAUUUGAAAAAUGAGGAAUUUAGUAUUUAUUUCAUUAUUAUCACUUAUCUAUUGUAUCAUUAUUCAUACCUCAAUGCUAUUACAAUGCCUUCCAAAAGUAUUCAUCCCCCUUUGGCGUUUUUUCUAUUUUGUUGCAUUACACCUUGUAAUUUAAAUUGAUUUUUAUUUGGAUUUCAUGUAAUGGACAUACACAAAAUAGUCAAAAUUGGUGAAGUGAAAUUAAAAAAAUAACUUGUUUCAAAAAAGUCUAAAAAUUAAUAAUGGAAAAGUGGUGCGUGCAUAUGUAUUCACCCCCUUUGCUAUGACACCCCUAAAUAAGAUCUGGUGCAACCAAUUACCUUCAGAAGUCACAUAAUUAGUUAAAUAAAGUCCACCUGUGUGCAAUCUAAGUGCCACAUGAUCUCAGUAUAUAUACACCUGUUCUGAAAGGACCCAGAGUCUUCAACACCACUAAGCAACAGGCACCACCAAUCAAGCGGCACCAUAAAGAUCAAGGAGCUCUCCAAACAGGUCAGGGACAAAGUUGUGGAGAAGUACAAAUCAGGGUUGGAUUAUAAGAAAAAGAUCAGAAACUUUGAACAUCCCACAGAGCACCAUUAAAUCCAUUAUUAAAAACUUGAAAUAAUAUGGCACCAAGAGAGGGCCGCCCAGAGAGGGCCGCCCACCAAAACUCAUGGACCAAGCAAGGAGGGCAUUAAUCAGAGAGGCAACAAAGAGACCAAAGAUAACCCUGAAGGAGCUGCAAAGCUCCACAGCGGAGAUUGGAGUAUCUGUCCAUAGGACCACGUUAAGCCGUACACUCCACAGAGCUGGGCUUUACAGAAGAGUGGCCAGAAAAAAGCCAUUGCUUUAAGAAAGAAAUAAGCAAACAUGUUUGGUGUUCGCCAAAAGGCAUGUGGGAGACUCCCCAAACCUAUGGACUAUGGUCAUAUGAGACUAAAAUUGAGCUUUUUGGCCAUCAAUGAAAACGCUAUGUCUGGCGCAAACCCAACACCUCUCAUCACCCCGAGAACACCAUCCCCACAGUGAAGCAUGGUGGUGGCAGCAUCAUGUUGUGGGGAUGUUUUUCAUCGGCAGGGACUGGGAAACUGGUCAAUAUUGAAGGAAUGAUGGAUGGCGCUAAAUACAGGGAAAUUCUUGAGGGAAACCUGUUUCAGUCUUCCAGAGAUUUGAGACAGGGACGGAGGUUCACCUUCCAGCAGGACAAUGACCCUAAGCAUACUGCUAAAGCAACACUCGAGUGGUUGAAAGGGAAACAUUUAAAUGUCUUGGAAUGGCCUAGUCAAAGCCCAGACCUCAAUCCAAUUGAAAAUCUAUGGUAUGACUUAAAGAUUGCUGUACACCAGCGGAACCCAUCCAACUUGAAGGAGCUGCAGCAGUUUUGCCUUGAAGAAUGGGCAAAAAUGCCAGUGGCUAGAUGUGCCAAGCUUAUAGAGACCUACCUCAAGAGACUUGCAGCUGUAUUUGCUGCAAAAGGUGGCUCUACAAAGUAUUGACUUUGGGGGGGUGAAUAGUUAUGCACGCUCAAGUUUUCUGUUAUUUUGUCUUAUUUCUUAUUUGCUUCACAAUAAAAAAUAUUUUGCAUCUUCAAAGUGGUUGGCAUGUUGUGUAAAUCAAAUGAUACAAACCCCCAAAAAAUCCAUUUUAAUUCCAGAUUGUAAGGCAACAAAAUAGGAAAAAUGCCAAGGGGGGUGAAUACUUUCGUAAACCACUGUACAUAUAUAUACAGUACCAGUCAAAGGUUUUGACACAUCUACUCAUUCAAAGGUUUUUCUUUAUUUUUACUAUUUUCUACAUUGUAGAAUAAUAGUGAAGACAUCAAAACUAUGAAAUAACACAUAUGGAAUCAUGCAGUAACCAAAAAAGUGUUUAACAAAUCAAAAUAUAUUUUAUAUUUGAGAUUCUUCAAAGUAGCCACCCUUUGCCUUAUGACAGCUUUGUACACGCUUGGCAUUCUCUCAACCAGCUUAAUGAGGUAGUCACCUGGAAUGCAUUUCAAUUAACAGGUGUGCCUUCUUAAAAGUUAAUUUGUGGAAUUUCUUUCCUUCUUAAUGCGUUUGAGCCAAUCAGUUGUGUUGUGACAAGGUGGGGGGGGGGGGGGGGGGGGGGGGAAUAUAGCCCUAUUUGGUAAAAGUCCAUAUUAUGGUCCCCUGUAGCUCAGUUGGUAGAGCAUGGCGCUUGCAACGCCAGGGUUGUGGGUUCGUUUCCCACGGGGGGCCAGUAUGAAAAAUGUAUGCACUCACUAACUGUAAGUCGCUCUGGAUAAGAGCGUCUGCUAAAUGACUAAAAUGUAAAUGUAUGGUAAGAACAGCUCAAAUAAGCAAAGAGAAACGGCAGUCCAUCAUUACUUUAAGACAUGAAGGUCAGUCAAUCCGGAAUAUUUCAAGAACUUUUAAAGUUUCAAGCGCUGUGAUGAAAGCGCUAUGAUGAAACUGUCUCUCAUGAGGACCGCCACAGGAAAGGAAGACCCAGAGUUACCUCUGCUGCAGAGGAUAAGUUCAUUAGAGUUACCAGCCUCAGAAAUUGCAGCCCAAAUAAAUGCUUCACAGUUACAGACACAUCUCAAUAUCAACUGUUCAGAGGGGACUGCUUGAAUCAGGCCUUCAUUGUCGAAUUGCUGCAAAGAAACCACUACUAAAGGACACCAAUAAGAAGAAGAGACUUGCUUGAGCCAAGAAACAUGAGCAAUGGACAGUAGACCGGUGGAAAUCUGUCCUUUGGUCUAAUCAGUCUAAAUUCAAGAUUUUUGGUUCCAACCGCCGUGUCUUUGUGAGAUGCAGAGUGGGUGAACGGAUGAUCUCCGCAUGUGUGGUUCCCACCGUGAAGCAUGGAGGAGGAGGUGUGAUGGUGUGGGGGUGCUUUGCUGGUGACACUGUCUGUGAUUUAUUUAGAAUUCAAGGCACACUUAACCAGCAUGGCUACCACAGCAUUCUGCAGCGGUACGCCAUCCCAUCUGGUUUGCGCUUAGUGGGACUAUAAUUUGUUUUUCAACAGGACAAUGACCCAUCACACCUCCAGGCUGUGUAAGGGCUAUUUGACCAAGAACGAGAGUGAUGGAGUGCUGCAUCAGAUGACCUGGCCUCCACAAUCGCUGACCUCAACCCAAUUGAGAUGGUUUGGGAUGAGUUGGACCGCAGAGUGAAGGAAAAGCAGCCAACAAGUGCUCAGCAUAUGUGGGAACUCCUUCAAUACUGUUUGAAAAGCAUUCCAGGUGAAGCUGGUUGAGAGAAUGCCAAGAGUGUGCAAAGCUGUCAUCAAGGCAAAGGGUGGCUACUUUGAAGAAUCUAAAAUCUAAAAUAUAUUUUUGGGUUACUACAUGAUUCCAUAUGUGUUUUUCCAUAGUUGUGAUGUCUUCACUAUUAUUCUACAAUGUAGAAAAUAGUAAAAAAUAAAGAAAAACACUUGAAUGAGUAGAUGUGUCCAAACUUUUGACUGGUACUGUAGAUGGUGUAUAUCUAUGGCUGUCCCAGGCUGGCUGACUGUGGAGGUAUAUAGACUGUGUAUGUCUAUGGCUGUCCCAGGCUGGCUGACUGUGGAGGUAUAUAGACUGUGUAUGUCUAUGGCUGUCCCAGGCUGGCUGACUGUGGAGGUAUAUAGACUGUGUAUGUCUAUGGCUGUCCCAGGCUGGCUGACUGUGGAGGUAUAUAGACUGUGUAUGUCUAUGGCUGUCCCAGGCUUGGGGGGGGGGGGAUACCCUUGCUUGUCCUUGCUGUCACUUAAUCCCUGUACCUUCCAGGCCUCCAUAGUUAGUCAGGUGGCUGGAGCCUUAGUGAGUGUGCUGCUGUAACCAGACACCAUACAAAUGUCACAGAGACUCAUAGAUACACCCACUGCCAGUGUGGGUCUGUUUGCAGCCUUACUACAAUAGGGUUCUGUGGGGUUUGCCAAAGACUAUGUACAAUGUAGUCCAUGCAUUUGAUAUUCUAAAUGCAAAAGCCAUUUCUCUGUAGUUCUGCAAACCUAUUUGUGUCUGCACAGCUUGAUAAGCUGCAGUUGCAGAUAGUCAGUAGUCCAUGUGUAGGGGAUGCCCCCAGUGCUAUAACAGGACACACACACACACACACACACACACACACACACACACACACACACACACGCUGGUACAAAGUGGUGCUAUAGACAGACUAUAGCAGUGUUCAGUAGCAGCCUGUCUGUUGGGCAGUGCAUCCUGAUAAUGGAUGCCCCUAUAUGGACGCCGCAACAGAAAUACCUUAUGAUAGUGACAGAGCUAGAGCCCCCUAGAGCAGGGUUUCCCAAACUCGGUCCUGGGGCCCCCCCUGGGUACAUGUUUUGGUUUUUGCCCUAGUACAGCUGAUUCAAAUAAUCAAAGCUUGAUGAUGAGUUGGUUAUUUGAAUCAGCUGUGUAGCGCUAGGGCAAAAACCAGAACGUGCACCCAGGGGGGGCCCAGGACAGAGUUUGGGAAACCCUGCCCUAGAGUGACAGCAGCUGUGGUGUGUGUGUGUGUGUGUGUGUGUGUGAAAGAGAGACAGAGGGAUAAUGUGUUGAAGUAGGGAGCGUGCUUGCGUGUUUGCUUGUCCGUAUUAGUGAGCGUUGCUGUGCAUAUGCGCAAUAAGGCUGUCGUCAAGGCCGGUGACAAUCAGUGACAAUCGUCAGGGAAGGACAACGUCACUCCUCCUGAAUAUAGCAGCUUUCCAUUCCUCUAUCUGACUCAUUGUAGAUCUAUUCAUAUCCCUGAUUGAGACCAGUAGGACCCAGGCACCAUGCCCCAGGCACCUGUCCCACUCCAUCCCCACUUUGAUGUACUCUGCCUGGGUACUCACACUGCCAGGGCAGGGUCUUGGGGCUGGAGACCAACCAGGAACAGGCUCACUGUCCGGUGUUACAUAACUGUAUAUUAACAGGAUUACAAUGCAACAGCCUAUUUGUGCUGUGUUUGUUUGAUUGCUAAAAUAAUCGUGACAAGCACAGAGUGAGGUCUAAAAGCUGGUUAAUCCUAGUCCAGUAAAUGUUCUAUUGUACAUUAGUCAAUAUUAUUAGGGUAUCCUAUGGUAUAUAUCCCAUAUAUAUGCUAUACCAUACUGUAUGAUCUAUUAUAUGCUCUAUCUCUCUCUAUCUCUCUCUCUCAUCACCUUCUAUGUCUCCUAUCUCUCAUCUCUUUUCUCUUUCACUGUCUCUCUCUCACCCCCCCCCCUUCUCUCCCUCCUACUCCUCUCUCUUUCUCUCACUCUCUCGCUCUCUCUGUCUCUGUCACGCCUUGACUCAGAGGACGCUUAUAUGUUGAGUCAGGGUUUGUAUUUUCCUUGUUGUGUUUUCCUAUGUUGUAUUUUCUAUGUUUAGAUCUAGUAUGUCUAGAUCUAUGUUGGCCGGUGUGGUUCUCAAUCAGAGGCAGCUGUCGCUCGUUGUCUCUAAUUGGGUACCAUACUUAGGCAGCUUAUGGGCACUAGUGGGUUGUGGGAUCUUGUUCCGUGUGAGGUUUGUUGUGUGUACCUUAGGACAUCACAUAUCGUUAGUUUAUUGUUUUUCGUUGUGUUUAUUCGUUAAAUAAACAUGUUGGCAUAUCACGCUGCGCCUUGGUCCUUCUCGUUCAUGAACGAACGUGACAGUCUCUCUGUCUCUCUCUCUCUCUCUUUCCCUGCUGUUGAACUUUUACAGUGAUCUUUAUCUAAGCUUAGGGGGAAAACCCCAGCGAUCAUUCCCAUAUGUAGUCUCUUCAUUCUCCCGUCCCUCCAUCCCUCUUUCCCUCCCUCCAUCUCCCUAACUGCGUUAACUCUAAUUAAAUUAAGCUACUUGGCUGCUACCAAAUACGAUCCUGUGGAAUACCUGUAUCAACAAACAAAUUUUUCUAUUUCUGAAAACGGGAUCAACAUUUGGAUAUUUGGUCGGUUUAAGUCAUGACUGUCCAGGCUAUUGCUAUUGCUUAGCUCCAUGUCUUUACCACAGAAUCUUCAUUCAAUGAUUAUAGUGGCCCUUAAAGGGAAAAGUAGUUAAAAAAUAUAUAUUAAGUCAACAUAAACAAACAAACGGUCUCUCGUUAAUGUUUGACCCCGUUACCUAAUGUUGUAUCAAUGCUGGUAACCUGACAACGUUACACCAUUCAAAUUCUUGCCGUCCGUACACACGUUCAUGUAACUGUGCAGACGACUGACGACGCUGUCGGACUAUGUCUAUGGAUGCCGUCCAAUCCACAUCUCGUCACAUACACACACACACACACACACAGACACACAGACAGACAAUCGACGACGCACUAUGUCUAUGGGUGCCAUCCAACCCGCGAGGGCGGCAGUGAGCAUUUCAUUUGGCCCCUCUGGAUUUCCUAUCACAUUGCCUUCCAAGUUCUUCUCACACACACACCCACCCACCUUCAGCACACACACACAUGCUCUCUUGCUCUCUCUCUCUCUUUCUCUAACACACACACUCCCCAUCUCGUUGGUUUUAUUUAAUUAGGGACACCCAGGGUACACUUAAGUCGGUGGGAGACUGUUUAUGACUGGGGGUCAGCGAGCCAAAGGCUACAUUGAAUGCCAGGGGUGAGAGAGAAACACCUCUCGUGUUCUUCUUAUCACCCAUUACCGCCCCCUGUUUGUGGCAGACUGGUGCUGCAGGACAAAUAGGCUGUAGGAGUGGGCCUAAAUACAUACAUAAAUAAAUAUGCAACUUAGCAGAUGCUUUUAUCCACAGUGACUUACAUUAUCUGAUCACGCAGGAAUUCAACCUAUGACCUUAAUGUUACUUGCGCUACACUCUUGCCGAAUAGGACACUGCUUACCGAUCGGAUAGAUCAGUGAUGCCCUCUCCUUGUCCCGGGGAGAUCUGUGAUCAAAGCCCUGGAAAUCCAUGUGCUUUCAGGCUUUGCCAGAGUGUGACGGACUCAACACCCUAUACCCUAUACCCUAUUUAGUGCACUGCUUUUGACCAGGGCCCAUAUGUACGGAAUAGGGUGCCAUUUGGUACGCAGACGGUGGCUUUUUACAGCCCCAUUUUUUGAAGUAAUGCUAUCUGACUGACGGUCAGGAUGUGGUGCUGUUGGUUUGUAACGCAUGCCUAGCCUCUGUCACAGGCAACGUGAGCAAAGCCUGGACGUCCGAGGUUAACGCAUACCGCGAAUAGUUACACGAGUAGAAGGACUGAAAAAAACUUAACUUCAGAAUAUGAAAUGUAUCCUCUGUCUGCUUUCAGCGGCUAGAUGAGUUCAGGUCAACAGGAAACUGUAAUGGAGGGGUCAUUUGUUCAGCUAAAAGGCAUAUAGGACUAUAUCAGUCAGGUUCAGAACCAUGGACCUGAAAACUCUUGUUAGCUCCCCUAGCUGAUGCCUAGGCUUUAGCUCAGAGUGCUAAUACGGACUUUUGGCCUUUAGAAGACCCGGGCUCGAAGUUAUAGAGCUCCAAAAUAUAUUUAUUUACAGUUGCCAUUCAAAACAUACAUGGGCACCCUCCUUCCAUGUUACACAAACUCCCUAAACAGUUAAGUGGGGAUGCUAUGGACCUAAAGGACCACAAAGGAACAUACGUCGUCACACAUGUCCCCAACUGGCUAAAUACCACCCUGUGAGGUCUUAGCAGUCCGGUUAGAACGGCCUGUAGUGGGAUGUGUAGUGGGGCACAGUUGGACAUAGUAUGGUGGUGAAUGGGCUCUAUGUGUAUGUCUGCAGGUUCAUGUUUCAAGGCAGCGGCAUAGAACAGGUUGUAUCCAUGGCAUGGACAGCUGCAGUGUGAUUCUCACCUUCAAUGGCUGACAAGACUUGGCUGAUAUGAGCUGCAUUGCUCACUGCUAGCGCCAACAGGCUAAAUUCUAGCAAACAGCUAACAUGGCACAUGCAGUCUCAUUGCUCAGUGCUAGCGCCAACAGGCUAAUUGCUAGCAAAAGGCUAACAUGGCACAUGCAGUCUCAUUGCCCACUGCUAGUGCCAAGCGGCUAAUUGCUAAGCUAAAGGCUAACAUAGUUGUAUGGUGAUGAUGACACAGGUGUUUAGGUGUGCUGUGUUAUUCUCAUCUGUGCUGUGUGAUUCCCUAUUCUUCUAAGAAGAGGUGACACAUCUUGUUGACCAAUGCUAGCAGCUAGCGACUAAUCGCCAAGCUAUAGGCUAACCUAUAACGGCAUAGGAGUUUGUGACUGUGUAUGCUAACGUCUUAUACAUGAUGGAUUUGAUCUAAUGGUUUCUGCAGAAUCCUUGACUUGCAGACAGGAAGAAUGAUACUAGCUUCUUCUACCGGCCCAAUGUUAAUGUUAAAUGUGGACUUGAAAAUGCGCCACAAAGCCCUUUGAGUUAAGAUCCUCAGACUCAAGAUAAAUCGCAUCUGACUCAACACACACAUUGAUCAAAUGGGUCAGGGCAGAAAGCUUAACACCCGUGUGACUGUCCAUGACUGUCCAUGGUACACAAAUGGGACUCUCUGUACUCUCUGUGUGUUCUCUCCAUGGGCUUCCUAUUCUGGGCUCUGAUUCACGAAUAAACAAUUUACUGCUCAUGAUCGGUCGGUCAUCACCUCCUGUGUGUGUGUGUGUGUGAGCUAUGCCCAUUUAUCACCUCCUCUGGGCAUUGUCAGCAUUACAACCGACAACAAAACCCAAGAUUACAUUCCUAGUGAGUACACACUGUCAUGUGUAUGUGUGACGGACUGGGGUUCUAACUCGGGUCUAACCCAGGUCUCCUAGCUAUUCUGUGUCAGAGGUUACUUUAAUAUCCAUGGCUACUUUCAUAGAUUUACAUUACUGUAGCUAGCUCAGAUUUCACUGUCUACAAACAUGCAGUCUAAACAGGAGUACAAUUGGGAGAGAACGCGUAGGAACAGAGUUCCCAGAGUGACAUCAUUUUGACAUGUAAUAAUAUGACUUCCUGACACAGGGUUCAUUGUCGGAGUCUGUCUCUACAGUGCUGUCUUUACCUAUGUCUGCUCCCCUCAAAUAGUCUGUGCCUUAGCCUAAGCAUCUCCAUUCAAGGAGCUGAAAUCUGAGCGUGGCAAUCGGAGAGAGUGUUGAGUAUUCAAUCUGCUCUUGGCAUUACAAACAGUCACACACCAAGUCUGUUCUGGACAGACAGGCGUUGAUGCAGGAAAAUAAAUAGUGGCUGUGAAAGUGUCCAGUGUGAUGAAUAAGGGCUAUUUUGGAUAAAGCGAGCAAUUGGGUUUAUCCAUAAUGUCUGUAUAUCUGUACAUGUAAGUUGAUUCAAUAAGAUGUUUGGAGCCAAUGCUUCUAUGCUUUACAAGAAGAUUAAAGGAGUAAUCUACUGAAAAACUAUAUUUUGGUAUUUUCUUCAUUAUUCCACUGUUGAUGAAGUUCAGCAAUCAAGUUUUCAAAAUAUCAGACUUUCAAAAAGCAAAUUGUAACUUGCCACAUCAUCAUGAUGAUUAUAAAUCCUUUAAUGCCGCUCCUUGUGUGUCAAAUCAAUACAGAAGUGUUAGAGGUCUCCAAUUGUAUUAAUUGAACUGUAACUUAUAGAAAGUUAUAGAAAUUAAACCAUGCUCAAUAACAGAGAGGCUGUUGUCUUUUCUAACAUGGCCGUUCAGUGAUUACCAGACCUAAACCCUUCUCUCUCUUUAUACUGACAUCUUUAUCAUUAACAGACUCACCUCUCGCUCUCUCUGUCUCUGCAGACCUAGUGGUAGAGGCCUCCAGCCCUGAUGAGCUGCAUCUCCACGUGCCGCUCUCCUGUGACCUCUCCUGUGACUCCGUAGACGACCAUGGAGGCCAAAGCUCCUCCAACGACACCCCGGCCCCAGGCUCUGUGUGUCAGUCCUGUAACCCUCCACCAAGCCUUGCUACAUCGGCCAAAGAAGAGCCCCUAGCCUCCACAGAGAAGGUCCCCAUGGAGGAGGUAGCGAGCGAGGAGGAGGAGGAGGAGGAGGAAGAGGAGGCUGCAUCUGAGGAGGUGAUAGCUGAGGAAGAAUCUGUGGAGUCUGCAGAGACUUCAGAGGAGGUCCAAGCAUCAGAGGAGAUAGUGGAGGAAGCUGCCUCGUCUGAGGAGGAAGCAGUGGAGGAAGCUGCCUCGUCUGAGGAGGAAAAAGUGGAGGAAGCUUCCACGUCUGAAGAAGAGGUUGUAGAGGAGGUUGAGGCAGAACCUGAAGCCGAGGAAGAAGAGGUUGUAGAGGAAGAGGAAGCAGUUGAGGAAGCUGUGGCCAUGGAGGAGGAAGUGGAGGUAGUCAAAGAGGCAGUAGAGGAAACAGUAGAAGAAGAACCUGCAGUAGAGGAACCAGUUGAGGAGGUAGCGGUUGAGGAGGCCGUAGAGGAGGCCGUAGAGGAGGCCGUAGAGGAGGCCGUAGAGGAGGCCGUAGAGGAGGCCGUAGAGGAGGCAGUAGUAGUAGUGGCUGAACCUGUGUUGGAACCCAAGCUGGUUGAACCCGAGCCAGAACCUGUAGUGGAAUCUGAAGUGGUUGAACCCGAGCCAGAGGUGGUGGUCGAGGAGGUGGCUCCAGAACCAGAGGAGGCUGUAGUAGAAGUAGAGCCAGAAACAGAGCCUGUUGUAGAGGAAGCUGCUCUGGAACCCACUCCGGAACCUGCGGAAGCAGCUCCAGAACCUGUAGAAGUAGGUGAGGUGGUUGUGGAGGCGAUGAAGGAGGAGGAGGUGGUGGAGGAGGUGGCAGCUAUUGUGGAGGAGGUACAUGUUUUUGAGGAGGAGGCGGUGGUGGAAGAGGAGGCACCUGUUGUUGUUGUUAAGGAGGAGGCGACUGUUUUUGAGGAGGCGCCUGUUGAGGAUGUGACAGUGGAGGAUGUACCAGCAAAGGCAGAAGCACCAGCAAAAGGUAUAGAGUACUGCAUUAUUCAAAUUUAUAAUUUGAAUGAGAAAAACAUUAUUGUCCAAACAAUUUGGAUACAAACUUGCUUGUUUAUAUCAAUGUGUUGACAUUUAUUAUUUCUAUACUAAAUGUGAUUGCUCAUGCUAAAAGUACCUCUGGCAAGCCCUUUUAAGUUACAUACUGUAGAGAUGGAGUUUUGUUUCAGGAUCCUGUUAUAUCUCCCCUUCUCUUCUUCACAGUGCUUUGAAUACACUUCAGUCAGCUCUUAAGAGCCAUGUUGAUGGCUCUUCAAUGUCAACCUUACAGUGUCGACUCAAGUGUAUUCAAAGCCAUGAUGAGCGAGUGGUACUGUAAUCAGGAGACUGACACUCUGCCAUUUGCUGCCUUAGUGUUGACACCAGCUAUAAAAGACAUAGGCUCUGGUCUGGCUCCUACAGUAUCUCCCUACCUACUCUUUUACUCUCAUCCCCCUAUCUCUAAACCUCCAUCUCUCUCUCAUUCUUUCUCUCUCCUCUCUCUAACCACUUCCCCUCCCUCCCUUUCCCCUCCCUUUCCCCUCCUUCCUUCCUUCCUUCCUUCCUUCCUUCCUUCCUUCCUUCCUUCCUUCCUUCCUUCCUUUCCUUCCCUCCCUCCAUCCCCCCCCUUUCUCUCUCUCUCUCUCGCGCUCUCUCUCUCUCUCUAACCACUUCCCCUCCCUCCUCUCCUUCCUUCCUUCCUUCCUUCUCCUUCCUUCCUGUCCUUCCUUCCUUCCUUCCUUCCUUCCUUCCUUCCUUCCUUCCUUCCUUCCUUCCUUCCUUCCUUCCUUCCUUCCUUCCCUCCCUCCAUCCCACCCUUUCUCUCUCUCUCUCCUCUCUCUCGUCUCUUCGCUCUCUCUCUCUCUCUCUCUCUCUCUCUAACCACUUCCCCUCCCUCCUCUCCUUCCUUCCUUCCUUCCUUCCCUACCCCCCCCCCCCCCCCCCCUCUCUCUCUCUCUCCUCCCUCCCUUCCUCUCUCCCUGGCCCAUGCCAUGCCCCAGAACCUGAUAUGUGUAGCUAAUGGUGGCAUCAGGAAUAACCCCUAGCUGGCCAGGACAGAAAUAGAGGGAGGAAGGGGAGAGAUAGAUAGAUGGGCAGAUGGACACUGAUAUAACAACAUGGACGGAUGGCUGCAGAGCCACACAACAGAUGCUGUGGUCAGUCAGUGUUCUGUUAUCAUGGCAGGAAGUCAGUUGGUGUCAUGUUCAGGGGAGAUCAAAGGUGAAACGUUCAGAUAGAAAUGUAAUGAAUAGAGCUCACAUGAUUCCCAGUUCUACAUGACAGACAGUUAAAUCUGUUCUACACAUUACAUUUCUUUCUGAAUGUUCAGAAACGUUUAGAUAGAAAUGUAAUGAAUAGAGCUGACACAAUUCCCAGUUCUACAUGACGGACAAGCAUGUAUGCACACUGUACUGCAAGUCGCUUUGGAUAAAAGUGUCUUAUAAAUGGCAUAUUACAAGCAUACACAGAGUAUACAAAACAUUAAGAACACCUGCUCUUUCCAUGACAUAGACUGACCAGGUGAAAGCUAUGAUCCCUUAUUUAUGUCACUUAAAUCCACUUCAAUCAGUGUAGAUGAAGGGGAGGAGGCAGGUUAAAGAAGGAUUUUUAACCCUUGAGACAAUGAAGACAUGGAUUGUGUAUUACAUUUACAUCAUUUAGCAGAUGCUCUUAUCCAGCGACUUACAAAUUGGUGCAUUCAACUUAUGAUAGCCAGUGGGACAACCACUUUUUUUCUUCUUUUUUUUAUGGGGGGGGGGGGGGGGGGGGGGGGGUGAAAGUGCCUUUGAACGGGGUAUGGUAGUACGUGCCAAUCACACCAAUUUGUGUCAAGAACUGCAACGCUACUGGGUUUUUCACGCUCAACAGUUGCCCGUGUGUAUCAAGAAUGGUCCACCACCCAAAGGACAUCCAGCCAACUUGACAACUGUGGGAGGCAUUGGAGUCAACAUGGGCCAGCAUCCCUGUGGAAUGCUUUUGACACCUUGUAGAAUCCAUGCCCCGAUGAAUUGAGGCUGUUCUGAGGGCAAAGGGGGGGGGGGGGGGGGGGGGGGGUGGUAUACUCAUCAUCAUAUAAUGCAGGGUAAAUUCAACUUUCUGAGUCAUUGAUAUGGAUAUGUCAUGUUUGGAUUCGACCUUGGUCUGAUGACUGACCUUGGAGUUGACUGACAGGCUUUUCCUCCAAUCAGCAGUGGUGGAGGAGGCAGCCCCGGCCCCAAAGCUCAGAGACCGCUCCCACAUCGAUGAGACGCUCCAAUUGACUUCUGCCGAACCCUCGCCUGAGUUCGCAGGUAAGGAGUUACAAGUAAGGCCCUGAGUUUUUCUCAAUUCAUCAUUCCUCGAUUCUUCACAUUCGACCUCACCACCUCCUUAAUCGUAUUGUAGGAGAAGGUCCAAGGUCCCUCCCCUUGGACCUUCUUCUCCAUUGUGUUUUGAGAAGGAGGCGAGGAGAGGACGCAAGGAAUCUAGAAAAUAUUAAUUUAGAAAAAGAGGGGGACCUUGGGGGGGUAGUAGUAUAUGACUUGGGGGAGUUUUUUAAUCAGAGAAAAUAUACACUCUGCUCUGCUCUGCCAAUGAAGACUCAUUCACAUGAGUCAGGUUACUAUGACUACCAUGACCAUGAGUCAGGUUAGUUCAUUCAUGGUGCCUCCAUUAUAUUACCAUGACUACCAUGACCAUGAGUCAGGUUAGUUCAUUCAUGGUGGCUCCAUUAUAUUACCAUGACUACCAUGACCAUGAGUCAGGUUAGUUCAUUCAUGGUGCCUCCAUUAUAUUACCAUGACUACCAUGACCAUGAGUCAGGUUAGUUCAUUCAUGGUGCCUCCAUUAUAUUACCAUGACUACCAUGACUACCAUGACCAUGAGUCAGGUUAGUUCAUUCAUGGUGCCUCUAUUAUAUUACCAUGGCUACCAUGACCAUGAGUCAGGUUAGUUCAUUCAUGGUGCCUCCAUUAUAUUACCAUGACUACCAUGACCAUGCAAAAUGUAUCGUCUCAUCUCUUCUCUCCCACCCGUUUCUCUCCUUUUCAACAUCUCUUCUCUUCAUCUGCUACUACUGCCUCUCUCCACCUCUCUCUAUCAUCCUCUCUUCAUCCCUCUCUCUUCUUCCUCUCUCCCUUCCUCCUCUCCUCCUCUCUCCCCCUAAUCCUCUCCUCUCCUCUUCUUUCCCCCUUCAUCCUCUCCUCAUCCCUCUCUCCUCCUCUCCUCUCUCCCCCCUCACCCUCUCCUCAUCCCUCACUCCUCUCCUCCUCUCCAGCUGCUAUAAAGAAGCUGCAGCACAUCUACCACUCAGCCAUCAAGCCCAUGGAGAUGGCCUACAAGUACAACGAGCUCAGAGCUCACGAGGUCACAGGUAGCCUGCCCAACCACUUAGCAUUAGCCUUGAGCCAUUAGCUAUUAGCAUGUUCUAUCUGUUUUAUACUGACCUGUUGUCUUAGCAUAUUAGGCUUUAGCCUGGUUAGCAUUGUUCCGAUUUGUUUAUUAGUAUUAGCAUAUUAGCCUUUAGCCAUUAGCUAUUAGCCUUUUCAAUCUGUUCAUUACCAACCUGUUGCACAAAGAACAACAAAAUGCUACAUUUCCCCCCGAAAAAACAGACAGGCAUAAGUCUAGUUACCAACAGUCCUUGCAGACAUUGUCAUUAGCACUGGGGUUUCCCCAGGCAAAUGGGCAAUACUGUACACAGUUGUGUGCCAGCUUAGUCUCUGGUGCCUUCGCCUGAAGAAACUCAGCUGGGUGACUUUGACAAAUCAAUGAAACAUAAAUAAAUGAAUUAACUGCAUAUACACCUGCCAGUAAUCGAAUGCACCAGGAGCUCUCCAGAGAGUGACUUUGUAUGCAUCAGCAUAUAAAUACAGCUUUGUGUGGGCGACCAGGCCUCACUUAACCCAGGCUUGUUAGAGAUUGAGGGCUCCAUUCAUAGUACAGUAAUGUAUGCAAUGACCGCCCCCUUGUGGGACAAAGUGUACCAUUGACAAAGUCUACAAAAGUGACCCCCCCCCCCCCCCCCCACUCUCUCUCUCUCUCUCUCUCUCUCUCUCUCUCUCUCUCUCUCUCUCUCUCUCUAUCUCACUCUAUCUAUAUGUCUAUCUAUCUCUCUCCUCCCUCUAGAUGGAGAGAUCACCUCCAAGCCCAUGGUGCUGUUCCUGGGACCCUGGUCAGUAGGCAAAUCCUCCAUGAUCAACUACCUGCUGGGCGUGCACGGUACCCCACAACAACUUUACACAGGUAAGAGCACCUGCCGCAUAGCUUGGGCCUGGAGUUUCACCUGACCAACUCCCUACUCUGACAAUCAGUCAAUCAAUCAAAUGUAUUUAUAAAGCCCUCAUUGCACCUCUUACCAGUCUACACCGCAGACAAGGUUUUCGACUUUAUCAUUCACUCUAUUCCACAUCUUGUCUAUCUACUACUGGUCUGUCAUCUAUUGCACCCUUCCCAGUCCACUUCUCUGAGGUAUACAAACAUGCCUCAAUGCAACUGCUUCCUUUUCUUAGUUAACUAUUUGGAUAGCUGUUCAUAUUAAUCUCUCUCUUACACGUUCUACCAUCCCUCCCUCCCUAUCUCCCUCCCACCUCUCCCCUCUUCCCCUCUCUCUCCAUACCACCUCUCGCCCGCUUCCUCCCUCUCUCCCAGGUGCUGAGCCCACUACAUCUGAGUACACAGUGGUGAUGCACGGUGACAAGUUCCGCUCGGUGGAGGGCAUCGUGAUGGCUGCCGACAGCUCCAGGUCCUUCUCUCCUCUGGAGAAGUUUGGCCAGGGGUUCCUGGAGAGGCUGGUGGGGAUUGAGAUGCCCCAUAAACUGCUGGAGAGAGUCACCCUGGUGGAUACACCUGGGAUUAUUGAGAACCGCAAGCAGCAGGAGAGAGGUGGGGAGGAGAACACACAUACACAUACAUACACUAACCUCUCAAAUACAGCCAUGUGUAAUAGAUCAUAUACACUCUUUAGAUAUGUGUUAUAUGCUGUGAAGUGACAAUCACAAGCCGCAGGAGAGAGGUGGGAGGAGAACAGACAGAGAUUCACUAACAGUCACACUCAUGCACACACACAAACACACACACACACACAAUGUGUCAUUGAACCAUUCACACACCUGAACUUUUUGUGUCCUACAUCCUCAGAAUGGUAACACACUCCAUGCAACACACACACGUACACAUUCUCAAAAAUGCAAUGAUAAAAAUACUUAACUCACUGUAUCCUACCAAAUCUUUGAGUAAAACAGCCUCUGAUUGGUCGACCUCCCUCCCCCCCUCCAGGCUACCCCUAUAGCGAGGUGUGUCAGUGGUUCAUCGACCGUGCUGACCUCAUCUUCCUGAUGUUUGACCCCACCAAGUUGGACGUGGGUGGAGAGCUGGCGACGCUGUUCAAACAGAUGAAGGUAAAGAAGUGUAAAGCAUAGAAAUAUAAUUACUAGAACGGAUGUGAUGGGUGGCCCGGCGGCCAUAUUGAGUGUACCGAUAAGAGUAAAGUAGGAAGCAAAAGUAUUAAGUUCAGUAUUCAGUUUGUGCUUUAUUAACAGUCAACUCAACUGAAAUUACAAAAUAAUACAUUCCUUUCUCAUUCUAGUAAUUCUAUGUCUAUGGUGCAAAGCAAAGUGCCUUAGAUUUCCCAAUAUACAGCCAGUCUUGGCCUAGCAAGGGAGUGACACUUUAAUAAACUUUUCUAAACUCUGUUUUCUUCAUUCAUUCAUUGAUCCAUCCAUCCAUCAAUUAAUUAAUUAAUUAAUUAAUUCAUUCAUUCAUUCCAGGGCCGCGAGUCCCAGAUCCGCAUCAUCCUGAACAAGGCAGACAACCUGGCCUCCCAGGACCUGAUGCGUGUCUAUGGCGCCCUGUUCUGGUCCAUGGCUCCUCUCAUCAACGCCACAGAGCCUCCCCGGGUCUACGUUAGCUCUUUCUGGCCCACAGACUACGCAGCCGACACCAGCCGAGAGCUCUUCAUACGGGAGGAGAUCUCGCUCCUCGAAGACCUCAACCAGGUGAAGCUCAACCCUCACCUACAGACAUUACAGUUUACACACACACCAACACAUUACACGCACACACCAGCCCAUGGCUUUUUAUACGGGAGGAGACCUUGCUGCUCGAGAAGCAACCAUCUCCUGCCGUUGUGCCCUUGAGCAAUGCACCUAAAACCUAUGACAAUGCAGAUGUGAUGUCAUUGUUUUAGCACUAUCCACUGAGUUUUUAAACUACGGCGAGUGAUAUGGUUCAAUGUGCCAGUAAAUCAGCACAAUCUACUUUUUUGGGGUCCCAGCAUCUUGAAGCUAAAAUUCGGAUCAUGUUUACUGUGCUAAUGACAACAACAAAAAAAGAGUCACAGAGAGCGAUGUACAAUUCGGCGAACAAGGUAUUUGUGGUAAGUGCAUGGGGGACGCCAUAUUUAUGCACCUCCGCUAUUGACAAUAAUGUCCUUCUCCUUUUCUUCAGGUCAUUGAGAACCAGCUGGAGAACAAGAUAGCCUUCAUCCGCCAGCACGCCAUCCGGGUCAGAAUCCACGCCCUGCUGGUAGAUCGCUACCUCCAUACCUACCAUGAGAAGCUGGGCUGGUUCAGCGACCCCGACGAGGUGUUCAGGGACAUCGUCUCAGACCCUGACAAGUUCUACAUCUUCAAGUCCAUCUUGGCCAAGACCAAUGUAAGGGAGAGUGUGUGUGUGUAUGUGUAAUGUGUGUAUGUAAUAAGUAUAUAACAUGUGUUAAAGGUAGGCAAAGUGUGUGUAUAAUGUGUAUGUAAAGUGUGUACAAUGUGUAUAUAAUGUGUGUAUUAAAUGUGUAUGAGUAAUGUGCAUAUAACAUAUAAUGUGUGUAUAUAACUAACAUGUAUAUAAAAAAUAUAAUCAAAUGUUAUUUGCCACAUGCGCCUGAUACAACAGGUGUAGACCUUACAGUGAAAUGCUUACUUACAAGCCCUUAACCAACAAUGCAGUUAAAAAUGUUUCACUAAAAUAUGUGUUAUGUAAAAAAUAGAUAAAUAAAAAAUAAUUAAAGAGCAGCAGUAAAAUAAAAUAACAGUAGGGAGGCUAUAUACAGGGGGUACCGGUACAGAGUCAAUGUGCGGGGGCACAGGUUAGUCCAGGUAAUUGAGGUAAUAUGUACAUGUAGGUACAUAGGUACAGACCCAUGGGGUGGCGCGCACAAUUGGCCCAGCGUCGUCCAGGGUAGGGGAGGGAUUUGGCCGGCAGGGGAUGUAGCUCAGUUGGUAGAGCAUGGCGUUUGCAACGCCAGGGUUGUGGGUUCGAUAAAAUAAUGUAUGCACUAACUGUAAGUCGCUCUGGAUAAGAGCGUCUGCUAAAUGACUAAAAUGUAAAAUGUAAUGUAAAAUGUAGGUAGAGUUAAAGUGACUAUGCAUAGAUAAUAAACAGAGUAGCAGCAGCGUAAAAGAGGACCAGGAACAACAUGUGUACAACAUAUAUAGAACUUGUGUGUUCUCCAUUUCUCCAGGUGAGCAAGUUCGACCUGCCAGACAAAGAAGCCUACCAGGACUUCUUCGGCAUCAACCCUCCAUCAGGCUUUAAACAGCUGUCCUCCCUCUGUUCCUGGUCGUCAGGCUGUCUGAUUGACAAGAUAGAGAAAGCUAUCACUGUGGAGCUCCCUGCCCUCCUGAUUAGCCUGGGCAAGAAAGACAGUCCACCCCCAGCCAAGGCCGCCCCAGCCCCUCCACCCCCACUGCCUGAGGCAAAACCCAAGAACCGCUGGCGAAAGGAUUGAGGAGGAGAGAUGAAGAGAGGGAUGGAUGGAGAGAAGAGGACGGGGAGUAAAGGAGGCCGAAGCCAGAAGCUGUACUGGGGUGACUCCACUUCUGAGUUUGUCUGGACUGGACACGGGGAAGAGAGGAGAGAGGGAUGGGAUGGAGGAUGGGUGGAGGAGAGGAAAGAUGUACAGCUGGGGAGUGAAGCCACAUAAAGCACAUGGGAACCUUACAAGCCCAUUAGAAAUAAUCCAACUGGAGAAAAACGGAAACACGUUUUUAAAUGAUUUAAAUCAGAGACUCUUAUCUUCCUAAGUGUUAUUAUUUAACUCAAAACGAAAACAGGGAAAUAUAAACAAGAGUUUGUUUUAUUUCGGUUUGUUUGCCAGAUUGUUACUAUUUUAUUUAUUAAAGUUUUUCUCUUCUUCUUCAUCCGUAGACAAGGAGGAAAAAUACCAGCAAUCAGUUACAGUAUUCAUCUAUUGUAUUCUAUUCUAUUCUAUUGUCUUUAUUGUCAGUUCUAAACUACAGCUUAUCUUCGUUGUUAGUGCAGUAUGUCAUUGCUGUGUAAGAUCGCAUUUGUACAUUGAUGCCAGUUAAAUGGGCUGUAGCCUUCUCUUCCUGUUAUAGCUUUGCCUCAAUAUGCUGCAUGUCAAAGUGUCAUUAAAGUUGUAUUUCAUCCUUGUAGCUUCAGAUACCAUUGA